AUGCAUCUGCUGCUUGAGAUCCCGUUGGUUUUCCUUAUAGUCCUCUACUCGUACUUAGAGGCAUUUCUCAAGCUUUUUUUCCCAGCAAAGAAAAAGUCUAUCAGUGGAGAAAUUGCCCUCAUCACUGGAUCUGCCCACGGACUUGGGAGAGCCACUGCUUAUGAAUUUGCGAAGCAGCGGUGCACCUUAGUUCUAUGGGAUAUCAAUAAGGAUGGUGUUGAAGAAACGGCUGAAGAAUGCAGGAAACUGGGAGCUGUAGCACAUGCAUUUGUGGUGGACUGUAGCAAGAGAGAAGACAUCUAUUGUGCUGCCAAGAAGGUGAAAGCAGAGAUCGGCGAUGUGGCCAUCUUGAUGAAUAACGCUGGGGUGGUGGCUCCGACAGACGUGCUGUCGACUCAGGACCAUGAGAUUCAAAAAAUGUUUGACGUCAACAUUCUGGCUCACUACUGGACCAUAAAAGCCUUCCUGCCAGCAAUGAUGAAUAACAACCAUGGUCAUGUUAUCACUGUGGCUUCUGCUGGAGGCCACUUAGUGGCGCCUUUUCUUGUGGCUUAUUGCUCAUCCAAGUUUGCUGCUGUUGGGUUUCACAGAGCUCUGACAGAAGAACUGUCUGCACUGAAGAAGAAUGGUGUCAAAACAUCUUGCAUCUGUCCCAUGUUUAUAAACACCAACUUUGUCAAAAAUACAUCUUCGAGAUUAAUGCCAACUAUGGAGCCAGAAGAAGUUGCAAAGCAAGUAAUGAAGGGUGUCUUAACCAACAAGCGAAUGAUUUUCAUUCCACCAUUUCUGAAAGUCACUGUAAUGCUAGAUAAGCUUCUUCCAUUUCGUGGAGCUGCAGCUUUCAUGAAACUGAAUGAACUUAAAUUUGAUCAUAUUGUUGGGUAUAAGGACAAGGAAAAUUAAAAGAAGAUUUAGGCCUGCCUAUGAUUCUAGAUCUUGAGCCUUUGAAGUAUUCUUCCUGAAUAAAACCUCAAACAGCCCUUAUGAACACCAUCUUAUUCAUGCAUUAAUGGAAUGGACAGCACAUUUUCCACAACUCCAACAAUGCCCUGUUUCAUAGAUUAGGGAAGGUGUAAUCCACACGUAGUUUUCUCUCUCUCUAAUAGAGAAAGUAUGAACUUUUCCUUUUUUGAAGUGAAUGAAACCCUAAGCAAAUCCUUUUAAAGAA